AUACUGCUGCUGGUGCUCUUAGCAACGGUGUCUCGGCAACAGAGCCACGGCAACAGAGCACCACGGCAACGGAGUGCUGUGUCUCCCCUUAUGGAGCUUCCAUUGGGCGGGCCGGCGCUGAGGCACUACACCCGCAGCAGACCUAGACCACACCGACAAAACCAACACCUCCGCCCCAGCAGACCACAGGAAUUGGUGGUUGACAAUGAAAAUGGAGUCCCUGAUCACAUGGGGCGAGUUGAUGAGGGAGUUGAGGAGUUCUUUACUAAGCGAGUCCUUCCUGUCGACACCCUGAAAACACAGAAUGAGGCUGGAGAACCUUCCAUUACUGAACAGGAAGUGGAAGUAGCACCUACUAGCGCCGCCCCUUGCCCCGCCCCUUCCAGAACCCUAAGGAGGAAGCUGGGCGAGUUCUUCACCCUUAAAAAGCGGAGGGCUGUGAAAUCAGAGGGAAGCCAAGAGGGGAAGGCCAAGAAGACCUCCAUUGCCGACCUAAUCCGGCCUCUCAGGGAGGCCACCAGAGCUGAAAAAGAUAAAGUGAAGGAGAAUGAAAAAGUGAAAGAGAAGGAGAGUGUGGAUGACAACGUUGUGACAGGAGAUCCAGUGGAAGCAGAAACCCCUCCUGAUGGUCCCACUCCACUGAGGGGUGAGGCUCCACCCCGUCGUGCGCUAAGAGAGGGGAAGUCACAGUCUCUAAUUCUACUCUCUGGAUCUGCAGCCAACGCUGGGAACACCAAGAACACUGCACAAGGCAAGUUUCAGAAACACUCAUCUGACGGCCAUCAUGGCUUUGAGCAGCGCCUGCAGCUCAUGCUACAACGUAUUGGUGUGUCCAAAGCUCAGCCAGGAGAGACACAGAGUCAGGAGAGAGAGAUGAAAAAAGCUGAAUCAGAGGGCACUAUCAUCGAUAAUAAACCUGAGCCCCCACCCACAUUUAUGAAGCCCAGGACCAUGUCCACCUCAUCAGAUACGAGACGUCCGGUCCGACAGAGUGUGUCCGCACAUGAGUCAGCUGAUGACCUGAAUGCCGAGAGGGUAGAGAGGAACAAGGAGACGGAGAAGGAGAAACGUAGCAAGGAAGAAGAUGUCAGGAGGGCUACAGGGAAAGAAAAAGAACAGAAAUCACUGGCGAACUACAUAGACAAAACCAUAAAAGAGGAGAAGGAAGAGGGUCUGCAGAAGGUGGAUGGGAUCAUGAGGCAGGGAGUAGAAGGGACCAAAUCAAAUGAGGGUAGAGAGCUGUGUAAAAAGGAUUGGGAUAAAAAGAGGGAAGGAGGGACUAAUGGGUCAGAUGAAAAAGAGUUCAAUACUAAGGAGGUGGUAGACAGCAAGUCAAACAAGGGACCAACUACUGUGAUAGAGGCAGGGGAGGCCACAGUAAAAGAAACGGGGGAGAGUCCAUGGGACUGAGUACCGGAACCACAUUACAGCAGCAAACCGCAGAGGGUGGAACAUCAGACCAAAGAACUGAGACCCCCUCUGUGUUACACAAAUGGACUGACCCAGCAACGUGUCCUUUUUUUCACUACCAUGUUUACAUUUGCAUUGCACGUAUUGUAUGAUUAUGUAAUACAUUAACUGUGGUGAAAUAUGUUUACAAUAGAUGGAUAUGAGACAUAUAGUUACUUAUGAUUAUUAAAAUGAAUAUUCAUAAUGUCA